CUUCAGUGUCUGUCUAUCAGACAGGCACUAGAAGUCUUCCGGAAUCGUAACAGACUUUUGGUCUGUUAUCUGACAGUGGACGUCCUCACGCUCUGCAGGAAGACCUCAAGCGUCAGAUUUUUCCCCACAGAAAAGCAUUGAUUUAAUGCUUUCCUUUGGGGAGCUCUAAUGCACGUGCAAGACAGAGGAGGAGCUUCGAUCCAGCGGCAAGGGACAUCGGAGUUGGGAUCAGGUAAGUAAAUGGUUUUUAACUUUUUAUUUACCAGCCAUGAGAGAGGGAGGGGGAGUCAGAGGGAUCGGUAGUGCCAGGAAUACAGCUUUUUAUCCUUUUAAACAAUAGAUCAAUUAGAGUGACAAAUUUUCUGUAACUUCCAAUGCAUUUCUUUUAGGUGUUUCCAUCAGCAGAAUUGAUCCUGAAGAACAGAAAUGCAUUAAGCAAGAGUUUGAAGAAAUCUUUUACCGAACAAGCAUUCCAACUCUCAGACUCCUAUGUCUGCAACUGAGAUAGUAAAUGGAAAAAAAUCCCAUGUACUGAAUGUGGGAAAUGUUUUUUAGAUAUUAUUCAAAAGUUCAUUUCAGGACUUGCACAUGAGCAACAACCUUUCUAAUGUUUUAAAUGUGAGAAUUGUUUUACCCAUCACUCAGCACUUAUUAGGCAUCAAAGAAUUCACACAGCAGAAAUGUUCUCUUGUUCUGAAUGUGGGAAAUGCUUUAACCAAAAUACAAACCUUAUUACACAUCAAAAAACUCACAAAGGAGAGAAGCCGUUCUUGUGUUCUGGAUGUGGGAAAUGUUUUAGCCACCAUUCAAAACUUGUUGAACAUAAGAGAAUUCACACAGGAGAAAAGCCAUUCUCCUGUUCUGAAUGUGGUAAAUGUUUUAGGCAGAAUAAAUACCUUGUUAUACAUCAGAGAACUCACACAGGAGAGAAGCCAUUCUUAUGUUCUGAAUGUGGGAAAUGUUUCCGGCACAAUACACACCUUCUUAUACAUCAAAGAACUCACACAGGAGAGAAGCCUUUCUCAUGUUCUGAAUGUGGGAAAUGUUUUAGCCAGCAUAUAAAACUUGUUGAACAUCAGAGAACUCACACAGGAGAGAAGCCUUUCUCAUGUUCUGAAUGUGGGAAAUGUUUUAGCCAGAAUACAUACCUUGUUGUACAUCAGAGAACUCACACAGGAGAGAAGCCUUUCUCAUGUUCUGAAUGUGGGAAAUGUUUUGUCACUAAAUCAAAGCUGGUUACACAUCAGAGAAUUCACACAGGAGAGAAGCCAUUCUCAUGUACUGAAUGUGGGAAAUGUUUUACCAGUCACUCGAAUCUUGUGUGCCAUCAUAGAACUCACACAGGAGAGAAGCCGUUCUCGUGUUCUGAAUGUGAGAAAUGUUUUUGCCAGCAUAAAUACCUUGUUGAACAUCAGAGAAUGCACACAGGAGAAAAGCCGUUUUCAUGUUCUAAAUGUGGAAAAUGUUAUAGCCAGCAGUCACAUCUUGUUAGACAUCAGAGAACUCACACAAAAUAGAAAUUUUCUGAUCUUGUGAAUGUGUGGAAUUUUAUAGGGUCUUAUGAGGCAUCCGUGUAUUAACAUGGGAAUAAAGUAUCUUGUAUUGAGAAUGUGAGACAUUGUAGAACUGUAAUUUAAAUUUCUUUCUCCAUCCAGCAUCUCACAUUCUAGCAAAAUUAAUUUCAUGCUGA